AUGGCUUCUUCAGCGCCGAGAAAGCGGAUCAUUGUCUGCUGUGACGGCACUUGGCAGGACAGCGACGGUGACUAUCAAACCCCGAGCAAUGUGACGAGACUGGCUCGCGCCAUUCCUCCCGUCGGCACCGACCGACGCACAACUCCCCAUCAUGCUAUCCCGCAGGUUGUCUUCUAUCAGAAUGGUGUCGGUACAGGCUCCAACUCGCUCUACGACAAGUACAUUGGGGGCACGACAGGUGAAGGCCUGGCCGAACAUAUCCGAGAAGCCUACAGUUUCAUCUGUCUCAACUACAACCCGGGAGAUGAAAUCUUUUUGAUUGGAUUCUCGCGGGGAGCAUUCACGGCGCGGUCGAUUUCGAGCCUGAUCAACGCCGCAGGCUUGCUGACGGCCAAGGGACUGGAAUUCUUCGUGCAGGUGUUUGAAGACUGGGAAUUCCAGCAGAAGAAGAACUUCAAGAGCAAAUGGCCGGAUAUGCCGUUCAUCGGGCACAAACCGCCCGUGACCGACCCGAAUUACCAGCGGCAACUGAUCGAGAAGGGGCUGACCAGACCGAACAUCAAGGUCAAAUGUGUGGCCGUCUGGGACACGGUGGGCGGGUUGGGCAUCCCCAUGAUCGGGCUCCUUCCACAGCCUCCCAGCACGGAUUUCGCGUUUGUGGACACGCGGGUGGAAUCCAACAUUGAAUACGCAUUUCAAGCGCUGGCUCUGGACGAGCAUCGUCGGUCGUUCUCGCCGACGGUGUGGGACUGGCCUCGUGUUGAGCCUCACGAUCUCAAAGUCCUCAAGCAGACCUGGUUCCCCGGCGUGCACAGCGACAUCGGUGGGAGUUACGACGACACGGCGCUGGCCAACUUGACCUUGGCGUGGAUGGUGUCACAGUUGGACCCGAUCUUGACCAUCAACCACGAAUAUGUCAUGGAGCUGAUCCGGCCAGACCACCCGGGCACCAUCCAGAGCCACCAGUCCUUCACACAUGAAGGUCGAGCAGCCACGGUGCACAACACACGCACACACCUGCGGCCGUGGGGCUUGGGCAAGAUCCACAACAGCUUCACGCCCUUUUUCUGGCUGGGCGGGUCGCGUGUCCGCACGCCAGGGGAGUACCGGGAGCAAGAACUGGCGUCGCAGCACGGCACGCUGGUCUGGAUCCUGUUGAAGCUGAGCGACCGCGUGGCCCGGCUGCUCCGGGUCCGAUCGAGCUCUCCGGUCCUGCCCCGGCUCCGGCGCACCAACGAAACCAUCCACUCGAGCGUCCGCAUCCGCAUGGGCCGCUCAGGAUUGGGAUACAACGACAAGGGCAAGUACGACUCGCAAGCCCUACAAGGCUGGGAGCUGCAGGGGCUAGACACGCAUCCCGACACUCCGAUUGCCCAGGAUACGCCCGGGGCCGUAGGUCGGAUGACCGGAGUGCUGUGGAAGAAGGCGGUAGUGCCUGAGAAGGUGGUGGAAGUGAACGGGGUUGAACAAGUGCAAGUCGACGACCCCCGCGGCCCCAGUAAGAAGACGCACCUCAUCCAGCUGCAGGAAGAACCGCUGGGCCUGUUCGAGCGCAAGAUUCUGCAAUUCUGGCCCGAGAUCAAUACCGACUUCGACUCCAUUGUCCCCGGCCGCCACGCCAGGAAGGUCAGCAAGUCGACCACGUACCCGGUGGGAUGGAAUCGCUCUCAUUAUGAUGAUUCCAACGGUGUCGACAACGGCGGUGGAGAGGGGGAUGAAUUGGCCAAGGAGGUCGGUGACAGCACCACCUCGGCCACGAGGGACGGCUUGAGACUUUUGACCAGGCAUAGCAGGGUUGAGACGACCUAG